AUGAGUGGCGACCAGAAGCAAAGGAAAAAGCCCAAACACGGCGCCGGAGGUGCGAGCUCCAACUCCAACAACCCUGCCAGCACAGCUACCACCCGUAAGGACGGUGAUGCUAAGCACACGCAGGAGGAGGGGGGACGCGCGCACGCCCAGUCGGUGCGUGACGGGAAACGCCCCGCGCGCGGGCAGGACCCUCACGGAUCGAACCCGAAGCAGAAGUCCGAUGGCAACUCGUUCGAACCCCUCCAGAACGAGGACUCCGAUUCCGACGAGGAUAACAGCGACUCCGACGAAGAAGGCGCAGUCGACAACAACGACAGUGCAGGAGCCGCAGCAGGCAGCCUCGCCGACGACGUCUUGGGGAACCUCAAGGGCCAGACUGGAGGUACGCGUUUCGCAGCUGGAGGCCUGAUCGAGCAGCUCCUCGUGAAAGCUAUGGAGAAGGCGCUGGAGACAAACAAGGAACCGGAGCCUUGGGUGCUCAAAAUGGUCUGCGGUCAGCCUGUCCAGGACCCGCAGGUCGUUCAGGGUGACGACGGCCGCGCCCUCAAAGCCUCGAUGUUCCCACCGUCCCUCAAGCUUGAAGGACUGCCUUCUGAAGACGUACCCGAAAUCAUGGCACAAUACCGCACACACAUCAGUCUCGCGUUGCCUGAAGGCACUUCAGAAGCAGACCUCGACCGCAGGGCAAUAAAAAAUUUGCGCCUCAUCACGAAAGGUGCCGCAGCUACAUCGCUCGACCUCAUCCUCAGUAACUCACUAGAAUGGCGGCCUGAGCAACAGAUUGCAGCCCUCAGAGCGCGCGGUGAAACCAUCACCAUCUCUCCACCCAAAUCCUGGAAAGACUGGGUGACGGCCAUGACCACACUCUUCGCCCCGGCGAAUCGCAUUGCACUUUUGGCCCGUGAAGCCAUGACACUGCAAGCCAAGCCAAACGAAACAGUCGAUGUUUUUGCCCUCAGAGUGUCGCGAGCCUACUCUAGACUGCUAGCCGAAGCCGAACGCACCGCGCCAGCGAACGUGUCGGCACACGAACACGCUUUCAGCAAAGCCAUGAUUGCAUCGUUCGAAAACGGCCUACCACCCGAAAUUCGAGUUGAGAUGGUUCGUGAAGACGCAUCGCAAACGUUUAUGGCUUCCAAAACACGCGCACGUAAACACGAAGCCAACCGCUUGCGGUCACCAUCUCAGACCUCCACGUCUGUGUCCGCCAUGUACGAUGUGCACGACCCGCAGCUCAUGACGCAAACGGACAAUCACGAAUCCCGGCUUCAGGCCCUCGAACGCAUGUUAGAGGACCAAACAAGCCGGACCGUGUCCAGCGCGGCAGACAGGGGCCGCAGCACCAGUCGGGCGCGGGCAAAACGGCACGCCCCGUCGGCUGACCGGACAAAGUCUCCCAAGCAGAAAGUGGCCUUCUCGAAGGACACCAAAGCGGAUGGGACGGGAGGGGGUGUUAUGACCAACAAGGACAACGAGCCCCCCUGCACCUACCCAGGUUGUGCCGGUCAAGACAAGGCAAACACGCACUGCCGUCGAGACUGCCGCACCGAACGUAGGGACAAGAAACGAGGCAUCAGAGUUGUCAAAGAAGGAUAGGGUUGCCCAACAGGGCACCAUCCCUCGGCCCAUUUGGGACCGCAAUCUAGUAGCUCCACGGCAGUAGCCCAGAGAGUUAUGGUAGAUGAGAGGGAAUCCAGACGCCGUAACAGUCGUGUCUACCCUCUGGCAGGAAAACAUGAACGCAAAGCAACCUGUGUCAAAGCAGUCGGAGCACAACCCGAGUCCACUUGUGUACGGUUGAACAACCUACGAUCACAACACACUCAUGCCCGAAACACUGCUGCAAUAAAUGCCUUUGCUCGCGUACCAGGUAGCUCUAAGCAUACACACGUAGCCAGUCGAGUUGCGUGUUCCGCUGGAUUAGCGCCGCAGGCCUAUUAUGUAGAUACCGUAGCGAAUCGUCUGAAGUCGAAGCAUAGAUCAAGCAUCUUGCCUUCCG